GCCUCGUAGAUCAUAAAUCCCAUUUGUAAAGCCAUGACGCCGUUGUUCUGUCUCGCUUUUCCAUCAACAGUUUGAUUCUUUCUUUCCAUUUUUCAUAUUUUUCUGGUUUCUUGUCUCCAUUACCCUGUGACAGGACGAAGCACGGUACGAUUCGCCCUUGUCUCUACUCAAAAGAAACUCCGGCUUCUCGGCCUUGAUCACGAGCUCUCUCACCUUGACUUGCCGGCUUCUCGUCACGUAUAAUCACUUCUCCAACCCGUUUUUGGCAUCAUGACAACCGCCGCUAUCAAGCAUGUUGCCUUCUUCGGCGCAACAGGCGGCUGCACGUUGGCCGCCCUCGACCUUGCUAUCCAGGAUGCUCGUUUGAAAUGUCACGCACUCGUCCGAAAUGAAUCCAAACUCCGCGAGAAGCUCUCGACGCGCAAAGUCCCCGAGGACGCCAUCAAAUCACGACUGAACAUCGUCACGGGAGACGUCAAGGAUGUCGCUGCCGUCCGAAAUGUGCUCUUCCCGUCGGAGCUGAAUGGGAAUCCGGUCGAUGUUAUCAUUAGCGGCAUAGGCGGUGUCCCGCAGUUCACCUGGCGGGGCCCGACGUUGGAAGACCCUCACAUCUGCGAGAACGGCACGAAGACCAUUCUCGAAGGCCUAGCAUCCCUCAAGGGCGUCGCUGACGCGAAAAAACCCCGUUUCUGCGUGAUCAGCACCACAGGCCUCAGCCAAACCCGUGACGUCCCGCAUCUUAUGCGGCCGCUGUACUGGGUUCUCCUUCAGAUCCCCAUGGCGGACAAGACCAAGAUGGAGGCGGCGGUCCUCGAAGACGCGGGACGGUCUGCGGCCGAGCGGCUGACGGCCAGCUCAGUCAUUUGCCGUCCUAGCAUGCUAACCAAUGGUUCGACCACGUCGCUGGAGCAAAUCCGGGUCGGUCUCGGCGACGACAUGCCGGCAGUCGGAUAUACCAUAAGCAGGGAUGACGUUGGGUUGUGGCUCUACCACAACGUGAUCCACGGCGACGUCAAGGGCGUCACUUCCAUCACCUACUAGAAGAAAAAAGUGGGGGUUGUGGCUCAUUCGGCGAUUUCUCACGGAGCUGUGCACGCGGCAAGGCCGGGCGAAGGAGUGCGGUGAUGGGGUUGUAGGUUUCUGAUUGCGGUGAUGGGGAUGGAGAUUUCUGAUUGCGGUUCUUGGAUUUAUUUAUUUUUUCGAUUUUUUUUUUCGAACCCGGAGAAUAGCGCGGCAGGGACACUUGCUCCUGUGGUGUACUGUCGGAUAAUUGGUCUACGGAGUAGUGGAGUAUUGAGCCUAUCUGCAUAAUCGACUGAGGAUGAACGAAUUACCUUGCGAGCCUGACGAAUUGCGAAGAACGUGAGGCAUGGGUGCGUUGCUGUAAUUACAGAGAUAUGCCCUAGCGGGAAGGAGACGGGCAGACCAGGGGCAUAUUAUCGCGGGAUGCAGGUAAUUACAUAUGUA